UAAUUGAUGGAGGAUUUGUAUGGACUCCAACCCAGUAUGGAUUACUUGGACCAGACAUCAUUGUGGUUAGAUAACAUGGUUUCACCGGCGGAUUACCAGAACUUGUUCACCUCGGAAGCUAUCCAUAGCAGCGAUCGAAUUCCCUUUUCCGAACCAGAUCAUCAUCAGUGGUUCUCGGAGUCAGUUUCUUUCGUUCCUCAUGAAAUUCAAGGAAAUGGAACAAGUUUUGUUGGUGGAGCUGGAAGAAUAGAUGAUGAUCAAGAAAUGUCGAGUGUAAUUAAAGCCAAAAUUGCAUCUCAUCCUCGUUAUCCAACACUCCUCCAAGCUUACAUAGACUGUCAAAAGGUGGGAGCACCACCGGAGAUUGCUUGUUUGUUAGAUGAAAUCCGUCGAGAAAGUGAUGUUUGUUGGAGAAACGCUGCCGGUGCUUCAACUAGCUUAGGUGUUGAUCCUGAGCUUGAUGAAUUCAUGGAAAUAUAUUGUGAUAUGUUGGUGAAGUAUAAAUCAGAUCUUGCAAAGCCUUUUGAUGAAGCUACAUCUUUCUUGAACAAGAUUGAAAUGCAGCUCAGUAAUCUCUGCAAGGGUUCUUCUUUAAAUUCCAUUUCAGAUGAAGCUGCUGGAUCAUCUGAUGAUGAUUUUAGCGGAGGAGAGAUUGAGGUUCAAGAGGUUCAACCAAGAGCGGAAGACCGAGAGCUUAAGGAUAAACUCUUACGCAAAUAUAGUGGCUAUAUUAGUAGCUUGAAGCAGGAAUUUUCAAAGAAAAAGAAGAAAGGAAAACUGCCUAGAGAAGCAAGGCAAACACUGCUCGACUGGUGGAGUGUUCAUUACAAAUGGCCAUACCCGACGGAGGCUGAUAAGAAUGCACUAGCUGAAUCAACAGGCCUAGACCAGAAACAAAUAAACAACUGGUUUAUAAACCAGCGGAAGCGCCACUGGAAACCAUCGGAAGACAUGCAGCUUGCUCUUGUGGACAGUCUUUCUGGUCCCUUUUUCAUGGGUGACUGAGAGAGGCUCUAAUAACCUCUGUUUAUGUUUCUGUGUUUGUGUAUUCUUGAAUGUGAUAAUUGUUAAUACUAUUGCAAGUUGCGUUCAAAGUUCAAUUGUGCAUUUCUUUCA